AUGGUUCAUAAGUGUAAUUUGUGUCUUCUGAUAUUGAUCGUUCUUUCUUCACUUCUCACUGGUACCAGUGGAGUGAAUGAGACUCAUGUGUUCAUCAGUUCUGGUGAAGAUGUCCGUCUGCCCUGUAAUAAUGCUCUUCCUGACUGCAACUCAACUACAUGGAACUAUAACAGACAUUCAGCAGCAGUUGAGCUGAUUGCUAGAGGGGUAUUUAUGAAACAAAUCGAGAGACAUGAGAGACUGAGUCUGGGGUCUGACUGCUCUCUGAACAUCAACAAAAUCUCAAAAGAAGAUUAUGGAUCUUACAGCUGCAGACAAUAUGUGAAUGAGACACAACAAGGAACAGAUGCUCAUUUUUUUCUACAUGUUCUUCAUGUCUCUUCAUCAACCUCAUCCUCACAGACUGGGAUCAGUGCAGGUCUCUCUGUGACUCUCUUCUGUCAACUGUAUUCAUUUGCUGGAGUCUCUUGUGAUGAUUGGAUGAGUUCUGAGUGGAUUAAUCUGUUCUGGGUGAAUCAGGCUGGUGUUAAACUGAAUAUAUCAGACUCCAGAUAUCAGAGAUCAUCCUCAUCAGAUCACUGUAUCAUCUCUCUGACUACAACACUCCUGAAUGACGAUCACAACAGAGAGUGGAGAUGUGAAGUUACUCAGAGAGAUCAAGUCAAGGCCUCAGUCACACACACUGUCAAGAGAUCAGCUCAAGCUGAUUCAACGACAGCAGUGAUUCCAGUCCACAUUACAAACUCUCAGUAUCCCUUAACUACAAACACACACCUAACUAAAGCUCUUACUGAACGUCAGAGAGCAUAG